GCACUUGGCCGAGACUCCGCUGUCUCCCGCCUGCGUGACAGUCAGCGGCGGGAGCGGAAUUAGCCGCUGGUCCCCGGGACCUGCACGUGGAGAGCCAAGCUGAACUCCCAGCUCUGCCGGGUACCCGGCGACAACCCACGAUCCGGACACCGCCCGGCCUUGGGGUUGGUUGUCCUGGGGCUCGACGGCCCGCAAGGAAAGCUGGGUGGGAGGCGGCCCGGGCCCGGGUGCCCCUAGCGCGAUGAGCCCCGCUAAGGGCGGCCGUUGCUUCUGUGGCAGCCUCCGUGGUGGCCUCCCGCGAGCCCUGGUCCCCUCUUCCUCGCGCACCAUGCUGUCCUCCGGCCAGCGGAGCCCGCAGCGCAGCCCACGGCUCCUGCCCAGCCACUGCUAACCCACCAGAGCGCGUUCUUGACCGCGAGGUCAACUGGCCGCGUGGUGCCUCGGGGAGGCGGAACCGUGGUCCCCGGAGCCCCGGCUCCGCCCUCCGACUCUCCAGCUGCCACUGGGCGCGGGGCGGCGAUGGGGGCGCUGCUGGCGCUCUGUCUGCUUGUGGGCUUGCUGCGCUGGGGCCCGGCGGGCGCACAGCAGCCUGGGGAAUAUUGCCACGGCUGGGUGGACGCGCAGGGCAACUAUCACGAAGGGUUCCAGUGCCCCGAGGACUUCGACACGCAGGACGCCACCAUCUGCUGCGGCUCUUGUGCGCUGCGCUACUGCUGCGCUGCAGCCGACGCCAGGUUGGAGCAGGGCGGCUGCACCAACGACCGGGGAGAGCUGGAGCAUCCUGGCAUCACCGCGCAGCCUGUCUACGUCCCCUUCCUGAUCGUCGGCUCCAUCUUCAUUGCCUUCAUCAUUUUGGGCUCUUUAGUGGCGAUCUAUUGCUGCACCUGCUUGAGGCCCAAGGAGCCCUCCCAGCAACCCAUCCGCUUCUCACUCCGAAGCUAUCAGACAGAGACCUUGCCCAUGAUCCUCACCUCCACCAGCCUCAGAACCGCUUCCAGGCAGUCCAGCACGGCCACUAGUUCCAGCUCCACGGGGGGUUCUGUCCGAAGGUUCUCUUUUGCCAGGGCUGAGCCAAACUGCUUGGUACCCUCAUCGCCCCCACCUUACACCACCGGCCACACCAUACACCUAACCCAACCAUCCGGUUUCCUGGUGUCACCCCAGUAUUUUGCAUACCCUCUCCAGCAGGAGCCCCCGUUACCUGGGAAGAGCUGUCCAGAUUUCAGUUCUAGUUGAUGGGCGGUGGCUGUGGCUAGGCCAUGCAGCGAGCAGCAGCCAGGCCGAGUGUCGCUGUCUCGGCCAAGCCACUCUCACUUCUGAGGAAAUUUGUGGUAACCCAUCAUGCUCAUGAAAGGAAGGUCCAGGAAGAUGAAGCACUUUCUGGUCUUGAGGUUCCUGGCUACGAUUACAGGAGGUCUGACCUGGCAAUCAUGGCGAACGUGACAAUGUAGUCACCUCUUGUUAAAAUAUUCAGCAGCUCGAUGCUCAGUUUGCAAGUUGAAAGAAAAUAUCAGCCGUCCUUCGUAGAAAAGCAUCCUGUGUUCGUUUUCCUGUGUUGAAGUAGCACAAACAUAUGCAGAAAUAAGGAAGAACAUACACUUAACUGUAAUUAUAAAGGUUCACUUAAAAAUUAACUGUUAUGUAAACUCGAAGGGCCAGUGAACCACUUAUUUAAAACUUUUGGAGCAAUCUAACCAUAAGUAAUAUUAGUAUGAUGAGAACAUUUACUUCUUAAAUUAAUAACAAAUUUUGUUUAAAGUAUGAGUUUUCUCUUUCCAAAAUACAAGGUUUCAGUAACCGCAUGGGAAGCUUAAAGUUUUAAAUAUAUACUCAGUCAUUCGUCGUAACACAGAUCCUGGGUAAAAAUCACCUCCCCCACCAACCUGAGGGAAUAUUUAUUGCAGACUUUUUGUCCAGCAAUAUUAGCGUUUAAGUUGGACGAUUGGGUCUUAAAACAUUUAUUUGUAUAAAGAAUUAUAUAUAAACAUGAAGAUUUGUAAUUUAAUUUACUUACCACAUUGACAGUACUAAUUAUUUAGAAGUCACACUGUAACUUUGCUCAAAGUCAAGGAGGGCCAUUAGUGUUAAGCAGUCAGUAUUCCACAUUUUAUGUGCCUGUGUUUGAUGUCUGGUGACUACCGUAAGGACCAGGCAAGAAAAAAAUAAAUAAAUUUAUCUGGUUUCCUGAACUCUA